AUGCCACUCUCCAAGGAUAGCCAGACAAAAGCCACGGCAGCUCUCAAGCCUUGCAAUGGCAAGGGCCCUGUGAUCGACAAUAUCCCUAUCUCUGGGUCAACCGAGCAGAAUGACAACGAAGCUCCAGUACCGCCUGCCAUCAUCGCAGCCGAAGCUAUCGACAACCCCAAGAUGCUACUCCAAACCCCGAACGAACACCAAUCCGAGACCAUCACCAAGCAUAUAACAGAGACAGCAUCAUUAGCUGAACAUCUUACACGGCUCGAUCUAAAAGAUGAAGACGAUGUCCGCGACAUCCUCAACGGUAUUAUUCAGGCCCUCGCCAUCAACGAAGAAUCGGAGUGUGAGAAGCCCGACCUGCUGCCGAACUCAGGUAUCAUCAGCAGAGAGGCGCGGCGAGCCAGCCAGGAGGGGUCUCAAGACGGAGGCCAGCGCCUCUGGUGCGCCAUCCAGCGCCGGCGUAGCACCGAGCAGACGCCCCUAGCAGCAACCGAGGCUGCAUUGUUUGGGGCGUUGUCAGAGGCGGAUUCCGGAGUCGUCUGCCGUGCCGACAAGAAAAAGCACACGAAGUCCUCAGCAUCAGAAACAGUGGCCGCUAGCAGUGGAACGGGAACCCCACCAGCAGAUGCGGGCCCUAAGCAACAGGAAGACCAGCCCGAGGAACACACCGCCGUCCCGUCCUCGCCGACAGACAAUGUCGGGACAGCGGCGGCCGGCUUCGAAGAGUUCUUCAAAAUUCAACGGUCGGAUCUCGGCGGGCUGGGAGCCUUCGCGGCGCGGAAUCUCGUGAGGGGCCAGACAAUCCUGGUGGAGCGCCCGCUGUUGCGUACGACCCAUUUCCGGCUGCUGCCGGAUUACCACAACCUUUCGGACGCGGCGAAGAAGGCGUAUCUAAGCCUCCACGACGGCGAAAACGGAGACCAGUUCAGCAAAGUCGAGCGCAUCAAGGUGCUCAAUUCCGUGAGGUCAUCUCCUUCACGAUUUGUCAAGACGUGGUCCCGGCGGGGUGCUGAGCUGUUUAUCAGCUACGGGGGGUCGCCAGCUGAGCUGUACUCGACGUACGGCUUCCGGUGCGCGUGUGGCGGGUGCACGCCGCUGACCGACGAGGACAUCAGGAGACUGAAGAACCGCGUGUUUGGUACUUGGGACUGCGAUGAAAAACACCCAUCUGUGGACACACGCGGCAUAUUUAAGGCCCAGGCCUGGUUGAUGCGCAAGAGUGGCACAAGGUCGAUGACCGCUGUAUUACAUACCCAUGAUGACGUGUGUGUCGAACUGUGA